AUGUCCCCCGAUUCUACCAAAAUGACCCUGACCCCUUCCAUGGGCCCGAAACGCACUACGAGCAAAGCACGAGGUGCUGCUCCAUUGCGCGUGCGCUUCGUCGCAUCUGACCUAUCCAUCCCCUCCACCUCCCUGUCCUCCACGCCGACCUUCCCUUUAUCUAUUUCAUCCUCGACGUCUUCCCGCAAUCCAUCUCCCUCCGACACGCUGAUUGUCGCAGGUGCUCCCAAUGGCCACAAACGGCCGUCACGCACCGAGGAGUUGAUGCAGGGUUCCGAGAACGCCUAUGUCGUUUGGAGCUCGCGGGAGAGCUCAUUUGCACCAACAAUAUGGGUUGCAGAGGAUGGGAAGGGUGGGAAAGUGGAAGUGGGUGGAGCAGGUAGGGACGUAGGAACCAUGGGAGCAUCUGGGAGAGAGGAUGUCGAAGAAGUCAGCGCAGGCAUCGUUACGGCGAAUAAUUUGGACGGCAUAGCGGAUCAAUUCUCAGCAGAGAAUGUGAAAGCCUCUACGGAGGACCCAUCCGUAUCGCAAACCGCAGCAGAGACGACGCACGUCUCUCAUACAGAUGUCCCAUCACAGCCAAAGUCGGACGUCGAAGAUACCGAUGAAGCUGGCUAUAUGCGCGAAAACGAGCAAGAUACCGUCUUGAUGGCUGAUCCAGACGCUGUCCCUGGUGAAUGUUCUACUGGAAGAGCGCCCUUUGUGCCCGUCGCUUCUUCUGGUACCAAUAGCUCGAAUCGCACCGAAUCUCUUCCUUCCAUAGACACCAACAUAGUCCACGGCGCGUCAGAGCAGGCAUCGACAGUCGUGAUAGAUAGCUCCGCUUCUCCAGUGCCGGUCGCACAGAGGCGAUCGAGUGCCCGGCUUCAGAGCAGACGGGACAUCAGAGGAAAUGAGAGGGACGAGAACGCCGCCCCGGAACCUAGCGAUCAUCCUCUAGGCACUGGUGUCGAUAAAAGAACCAUCGGUCGUGACACGCAGAAACAGAAAGCCAGAAGACAUGCGAAGGCUAAGUCUGCCCAGAAUGUGAAGGGGAGACAGCCGCUCAGUCCGAAACGAGGUCGCGAAGUUCAGGAGGAUGCUGCAGCGGAAGCUCAGGAAGAGAACGGCACGGAAGAAGGUGCUCGCAAGAAGAGGGAUAAACGACGAAAGAUCAAUGAAGAUACCGAGACCCAAGUGCGAUAUGAUGCGAGUGCCGGAGGCAACCAUUCGCGGCCUUCGCAAGCAGAGAAUGGCCUACCGAGUACAGAUGCCCCCAAAGCUGCUGGCGCUAAGCAAGCUCAAGCAAUUGCUGCGAAUUGCGCAGUCGACGAGGUGCCAUCAUCAUCCACCAGUCUGUAUAUCCCUGUGCCAGAUGCCCAGACGUCCGUCCCUUACUUUGCCGUUUCCGUCCCCGAACAGGGACAGAACACCGCAGAGUCGUUCUGGAGACAUGAAAGAGAACCGUCGCUGCGAGAUGCAUCUCUGCGCACGACGCGAGCUCUUAAUCCUGUGAUAGUUCAAUACGCUCGACAGCCCGCGAUGCAGGCUUCCGUUCCGUCUGACUUUCAGCCUUUCUCUUUGAGAGGCGGAGGUCUUGCAGUGCCUUCUGCUCCACACAGCGCCAUGCCACCAGCGUUACGUGCAGUUGCUCCACCUUCUUUAAACCCAGAUAUCCAUCCCACCUUGCGUUCUGCUGCCACACCUACCCCACACCCUCCAAUCGGAUAUCGUUUCAGACAUCCGUAUUCGAUCCAGCAAGGGACAAAUACACCGCCUGUCCCACAUUCUGCUAGCGGAAGCCCUUACGUGCUUACUCCGGCACAGUCUCCACAGGCUCCGGAAAGAAUUGUGCGUUCAGUCUCGGACAUGCGGUACAAUCCCAUAGCACGUCCCAGGGAGAUUGAGCAUGCACACAUACGCGAUGCGCAUACAGGGGCUCGUUUCCGAGGCAAUAUGAUUGGCGGACACAGCGGUGCUGAAGUGCUCGCUAGCGUUCGUGGUCAACAUGUGUCUCUCGAUAUGGACUCUGGCCCACCAGGUUUUGAAGCGGGCUCAGCUCCUCUAAAAGCACAUUUCCAGCAGAACAUCCUUGGUUCUGCUAAUUCGGUCAUGGGCGACUGGCGUGAAGAACCUCGGCCGGUUGGUAGGUCGCGGUUAUAUCGCGUGAAUGUGCCUGUGGAUAAUUUGCAGAGCCAAGGUACAGGCGGCGCUGGGCUCAUCACGGGGAGUGCAAUUGAAAUGGCGUGUUCGCCUAGGGAGGUCAUGCCUGUACAUAUGCAGAUGCCUCAGCGUGGCGAUCCCGGACGGCCAGUGGAUACUCCUCCUCUACAUGACCGUCGCGCACCAACACCUUCCUCGAUGCACGCGCGACCUCACGCCGACAAGGCGGUGCAGCCACGGCCCGCUCCGCUCUCAUCUCUUCCCAACUUCAGCUAUUCACCUUCUAGUAUGGCUUCUGCAUUUGUUGCAGGUCCGCUGUCGACCAGGCCGCACAACAGUACUUCUACAGCGCACUGCCUGCCCAGUUUCUCGCCGGUUCCUGGGAUGUUUCCUCCCUUUCCUCCACAGCACGCACUACCGAUGCAGAUGCUGCCGCCGCCGCCAUUCGCGAUGCCCAUGCAUAUGCCCAUGUCCAUCUCAGCUUCUGGACCCGUGCCGAUGCCUGCAAUGAAGCCACCUCAUGCAUCUCAGAUGGCGCCUCCGUUAUUUCAUCCGCUUUCGGGCAUGAUGAGAAUGAGAACUGCGAGACGUGAUGAGGUUGGCGUCGCGCAGCACGAGGCGUGGUCGACGAUGUUUGCGCAGACGACGGCUGGUGCGGGGCAGAGACGUCUACAAAGGCGGAAAGGUGUGUUGAAGAAGUAUUUGAAGGAGGUGGGAGCUGAAGAGACGGAAGAUGACGAGACAGAGGAUGAGGCGGAGGGUGUGGAUGGGUCGCCCAGAGGGGAUGAUACUAAAAGUGAGAAUGGGGAGGGUGGGGACUGUGCUGGAGGCGCUGAGAAUGGAGGAGGGCUGGGAGAAACCGACCGAGAAGGAGGUGGGGGAAGUGGGGAAAGAUGUCAGGAAGACCGCGCUGAUGAUCAUGAUCAGUCGGAUGAAGGUAAGAAGGAUGCUGCAAAUGGAGAACAUGAUCCCGGGCAAGACCAUUCCAAUUCGAACGUAGACUCGGCGGAGAAGACUAUGCUCGACGACGAGGCGCGUUCUGAACGAGAUGAACGAACACCGAGAGCACCUGCGGUGCUGUGUCCAGGUCCUACGGGUGGUGACUGGAAUAUGCAAGAUCAACAGGGCCAGACGUAUGACCACACCGACGAUAUCAUAGAGAUCGAUCAGUCUGAAUGGACGGGCAGGAAGGUGUUCGCGCGGCCAACGCGCAUGGUGGAGCAACUCUACCAGUGCCCGCUCUGCCCUCGUAAUUUUAUGCUGCCGAACGGGCUCGCGAUUCAUUUGAAGUGGCACUGGGGAAAAACCAAGCUGGAUUGGAAGAGAGGUAUCAGCAAGAAUUCCAAGGUGGUCGCUAGGGCGAGAGAGGAAGCGGAGGCCCGUAGGAUGGCGAGGGAGGAGUGGGAAAGACAACAGGCAAAGACUGCUGCUGGACGAGACGUAAUAGACGGGGACCGAGCUACCACUGUGGCAGACUUCCCAAUGACUCCCCGCAUUCCUGUCUCUGCCACAUCAGACGCGUUUACCAUGCCCGUCAUCCCGCUCUCGACGCCCCGCUCGUCCGGUGGCCUCGCCUUCUCGCUGUUCUCGUCGCCUGCGGCGUCAGCUGCGGGUGCGUUCUUCCCGCCGGUCCAGGCGGGCGCGUUUUCGUUCGGGGUCGGAGAGCAUCUGCGGGCGCUGUCGCAUGGUUCGGUUGCGCAGAGUGCGCAAUGUAGUCCGCGAUUUGAUUGUGGCUGGAGGGAAGAGCACGAACGUGAGCCUUCGUGGAGUGAGAGGUUGUUUGGGACGGUGGACGAGGAAGAUGGGGCGGUGUAUGAGGAGGGCGUCUCCACUUCUACGUAUAAACCUCUUCGCUCCAUCUGCAUGUAUACUGUCCACAUUCCUUUGCCUCCUCUAUCAUCGCAAACUCACAAUAUGAACGUCAACGCGAACCGCAUCCUUAGCCCCCUCAACGAUGCCGCCGAUAUUGUCGCCGGCACCGACGCAUCUUUCUUCAUGGACGAUGCACUGCCCGUGCACCCCAUUCUUUCCAGUAGCAUCCAGGACAUCGAACGGAGCCUCAUCCGCGGCAAGCGCUUUUCUAUCGCUGACCUCCCGUCGUUCAUUAACGCCAUCAAACGUAUGGCCGGCGGCGGCGUAAAUGACCGCCUCUAUCUUCUUGAAAAGGUUAUCAUCGUCAUCGCCCGCUCCUCUGAGGACUCUAUCUUUUCCCAGAUUCUCGGGAAGGUCCUCAUCAACACCUUGUACAAGGACAUUCCGCAACCACCCAUGAGCUUCCUCAUGAUCCCUACUAUCGCGGUCCCAACCGUCCCGUCUAUGCUCAACGCCGUUAAUUACGCGUACCGCAGUGCCGAUGGCAGCAACUACAAUGUGCUUAUCCCUGCCCUCGGAAUGGCGCGCACGCCCUAUGUGCGCUCUGUACCCGGAACCACUCCUAUCUCGCCGCAGCAACUACCUGAACCUGGGCUUGUGUUUGACAGGCUACUAAAGAGGGACAAACAUGUCGAGCACCCCGGAGGCAUCUCGAGCCUGUUCUUCGCGCUCGCGAACAUCAUCAUCCACAGCCUCUUCCACACGAAUCCGCGCAAAUGGACGGUCAACGAAGCGAGCAGCUACCUCGACCUGAGUCCGCUCUACGGCAACUCCCAGGAGGAGAGCGAAAAAGUCCGCCGCAAGGACGGCACAGGGUGUCUGUGGGACGAUGUGUUUGCCGAUGCACGUCUGCUGUUCAUGCCUCCCUCAACAGACGCGCUGCUUGUGCUCUUCUGCCGGAACCACAACUACGUAGCGGAGCAGAUCCUCGCGAUCAACGACCUUAAAACGUACGCCGACCCCGCCACGCUCAGCAAGGAGACGUGCGCGGCGCAAGACGAGGAGAUCUUCCAGCGCGCGCCUAGUGAUCUUGAGCGACUACGUUGGCGCGAUUCUCGGCCUGACACGGGUGGGCCUGAAUUGGCGGUUGGACCCGCUUCAGGUACGCAUACGGCGAUGCGUGAGCUGAACCGCGAGUGGACGCCACGCGGCCACGGGAAUGUCGUCUCGGUUGAGUUUAAUCUGAUGUGCCGCUGGCAUGCCACGGUCUCUCAGCCGGACAACGACUGGACGAAUGCACUGUUUAAGGACAUAUUUAAGGAAAGCCCUUUGAUCAAGUGCGUCACGGAUCAGGACUUCAGGAAGGCGAUAGAGGAGUAUGUAAAGAGAUAUCCGAAGGAUCUACGCCAGUGGACGCUCAGCGGCCUCAAACGCGACUCGAGCGGGAGGUACAGCGAUGCUGAUCUUUCAAACAUCCUGUACGAUGCGACGGAGACGCCCGCGAGCGCGUUCAAGGCGCGGGGGAUCCCCGAAGCGCUGCGCGUCGUUGAAAUCAUUGGCAUCCUGGAAGCGCGCCGCUGGGGGACUUGUUCGCUGAACGAAUUCAGAAGCUUCAUGGGCCUGGCGCCGUACAAGAGUUUCAAGGAGUGGAACCCCGAUCCGGAGAUCCAUAGAGCGGCAGAGGCACUGUAUCAAGACAUCGACAAGUUGGAACUCUAUGUGGGCAUGCAGGCAGAGGAGACAAAGGGUUCGUUGGGUAUUGGCCUGUACGCGGGUCUCACGAUUUCGCGCGCGGUUCUCGCGGAUGCAGUCGCCCUUACGCGCGGAGAUCGAUUCCUCACUUUUGAUCUCACCCCAUUCAAUUUGACGACAUGGGGUUUCGAGGACGUGCAGGUCGACAAGAACGACGGCUCGUUCGGUGGAAUUCUGUCGAAGUUGCUGUUCCGAACGCUGCCUGCGUGCUAUCCCGCGGGCUCUGCGUAUGCGAUGUUCCCGCUUAUAGUGCCGAAGAAGAUGAAGGAAUCUGUGGAGAAAUGGCAGCAGAGCCCCGUUGACCAGUACUCCUGGACGCGACCGAAGGGUCCAGAGGACAGCACAAAUAAGUCCCAUGUCUUGAGAUGUACUAUAUGCCGAGAGCACUCCAAAUACCUCCCCGAUGAAGCUUUGAAGCUUGAGCUUGAGCUUGAGGACUUGAGCUUGGACACGCACGCUCUUGAAGAUAUCCGAGUGGUCGCUUCUCCAGAUGCUCAAUCGCACUUUCCCGAUGACGCAAAUCUCUUCCUUACUGUGCUAUCCUCCGCCCAAGCAGGCCAUGCCACUACAGAGCGGCUAGAACCGCAACUGCUGUUAUUGUGGAGCAUGGCAAAGAGCAUUGACAUUUCCGACUUCCAACGGUCGUUCUACAUCUUUGUGAUCUCGCUUCAUUACUCGGAUGGUCAUAUAGUUCCGCUUGCAUUCCACGUAUUAGGCCAAGUAGGAUGCUCUCCCAUGCGCUCGUCAUGGACAAUUGCAAAUGAUCUUCCGGUCAGUGACUUGAAUAUCACGUCGAGCUGGUACAUGACCACCUUGCCGAGCAACGACGAGCGCGGCCUGGUCGCUUCAGGAUAUCUCUCCUGGUCACUAGAGUGCCGCACGUCGCUGCGUUUCCGAGAUGCCUUCGCGUCCUCGAACCUCCCAAAUGAUCACCUCGGCUUCUUGACUUCCCAAGUGUUGCGUGGUAUCGAGAACGCGAUUCCCGCAUGGCACCCGGACAAGUCUCGCGUGCUGGACUUGGUCGCCUCCAGAGUUCGAAGCGAGGACGGUGGAGACGAUGAUGUGAAGCAGCUCGCGUCCAUGAGCGGGAACCUCUCCCUCCUUGACCAAACCUAUACGCCUUUGCCUCCCUCGUUAUUAGUGUGA